CUGCUUUAAUUUUCUUUCCUGCAUCUUCUUUUUCCCUUUCUCUUUUUGCUAGUUUAGUAUUCUCUCUGCCCCCUCUCUUUGCUAGACCAUUUCUUUCUCCAGUCUCCACCAUACAUGUUUCCAAAACAAUCCGUCUCUCUUUAUUAAAGCUAAAGAGCAAAGAGUAAAGAGAUCAUCGAAGAAAGAAAGGAUAGAAAGAACAAAUUCAAUCAUGGUUUUCUCUUCUCUUCCUGUCUAUUUAGAUCAAUCAAAUUUGCACCAGAAGCCUUACAAUCAGCAAGAAUCUGGAGUUGAGAAUCAUCGGAUAUCGACCCACCUGCCACCUCCACCGCCGCCGUCUCAGGUGGCCGGAGGUGGCAGGCAGGGCUCCACCCGCCCUGCCUCCAUGGUGGACCGUGCCCGGCUAGCGCGAAUUCCGAUUCCCGAAAACGGGUUGAAGUGCCCUCGGUGUGAUUCAACUAGCACUAAAUUUUGUUACUUCAACAACUACAACUUGAUGCAGCCUAGGCACUUCUGCAAGGCCUGCCGCCGCUACUGGACUAGAGGCGGCGCCAUGAGAAAUGUUCCUGUCGGCGGGAACUGCCGGGGAAGCAAGAGGAGUAAGGGUGGUGGAUCAAGAUCCGGGCGCGGCACGGCCAUCCCGGAGAAAGAAAGUGACGUCGUUGACACCACCGGCGGCGGAAACCCUUCUUCCGCCGGCGGAGCAUGUCCUACUGGCUCUGGAAGCGUUGGUAUUCCGGGCAACAUUUCUCAGCCGCCAACCUAUGAGCUACCGCUAGUUAACGCUUUUCAUCAAGCCGGCUUGAGCUAUUACGUUGAUAACAUCGGCGGCGGCGGCGGCUUGAGUGUGGGAAGCCGCUUCCAAACCCCACAACUAGUAAGCCCAAUUGGAAAUGGCGGUUUUGGUAACGUUAAUAGCAACAGUUUCAUAUUCACCGGAGAUGGGGAGCCGUGGAGGUUUAUGGAUUCUUUAGCCGGCUUCGAGCCGGCUCCGUCCACAAAUCUAGACCCCUUUCAAGCUGAAGGAUCGGGAAAAAUGGAAGAAAGUCAGGGGUUGAAUAAUAUCAAUUCAACAAGGCCGUUUUUGGGUAGUAUGGGGAAUAACCAAUACUGGCUUUCCAGCCAUUUCAACUGAUCUUCUUCAGUUCGAUCUUCAUCUUCGUCCACCAGCCAUUUUCUGUGAUCUCAAAGCUAGCUUCUACAAACCCUAGGUAGCAUAUAUGGAAGGGUUUAAAUUAUAAUUCGAAAGAUAUAUCAUCGACGAACAGCAUAUAUAAGUCAUCGUUCAACAUCAACAGAAUUGCAGUACGUCGAUUUCUGAUAAUUUGCUAGACUCCUCUAUAUUAGUAUGUGAUUUUAAUUCGUUGUAAUUUAUUUAAGUACUCUUCGUGGUAAAAAACUGUGUGGUAUGACGUUUGGUCGUUUGCAUGAAUUCUGCUUUGAAGCCCUAAAAUUUGAGCAGUAUUUUGUACCGACUUUCUUGUCGUUUUGUUUUGACUAUUUAGAAUGUUUUCACCUUAUUUUGUAUAUACUCUCUUUAAUUAGGUAUCAUUUCUUUUAGUGUGAUACGUUCUCUUUAUAAGUUUGAUGGUGUACUCUGAUCUCUUUAUAAUGUACUAGUAUUGAUGUUUUUAGUUGGAC